AUGGUGGUGUCUGCAGUAGUUAAGGUUCAUCUCGGUGUUAGGUCAAGGAAACAGGUGGACGCCCUCAAGGCAAAGUUGGCAACACAAGAGGUAGAGCUGCAGAAAAAGAAUGAUGAAGCCGACAAACUCAUCCGAAUUGUGGAAGCUGAAACUUCAAAGGUAUCCAAAGAAAAUGAAGUAGCCAACGAGGAGAAGCGUCGAGUGGCCAUAAUCGAAGCUGAAGUUGCCAAGCGGAGAAAGGAAUGUGAGGAGGACCUUGUCAAGGCCGAGCCAGCUCUUGUGGCAGCUAAAGAAGCUCUCAAUACACUUAACAAAGCCAACCUGACGGAGCUGAAGUCUUUCGGGUCACCUCCAUCAGGAGUGUCGAGCGUGACAGCGGCAGUGAUGGUUCUCUUGGCACCAAAUGGAAAGAUCCCAAAAGAACGCUCGUGGAAGGCUGCCAAGGGCGAGAAAAGUGGCUUAAGUAAAGGCUAA